UUACCACUGAUUAUCUCGCCGAAAAAAUGUCAAGUUCGUCAGUUAUUUCGGCAAACAGGCGCGAACUUCGUCGCUGAACGUUUAUUGAACGCGAUAAACGGGAGAGAGCCUGAUGUUAUGUGAUACGCGUGCAGUUCUUCCAUUAUAAACAAACUGUUAAAUCCUGAAUUAUCCAGAACGCCUGAACUUUUAAUAGGACGUUCCGGGAAGGAACAGCAUCCAGAUAGAAGAAGCAAAAACGAGAAUAAUAAGACGGGACUCGCGCAUGGACACCAUGCAAGAAGAGCACAGCCUUAAACUAUCCAAGAUGCGGUACAGGGACCGAUUCGGCUCUUUGCCUGGCAAUGGGCUACUAAUUAGCAAAUUACCCCAAGUGGAUGAAAAUGAACGAGGUGAAAGCAGUGCUUCGACACCUGAAGAAUCUCAACCUUUGUAUACCCAUCCAGAAAAUCCAAACGAACUAGUGCCACCACCUAGAACUCACGAGUUCAACAGUCAAGAGCACUUAGGGUCUUCGUCGAGACGCGGUUCGGCCAUAAUAGCAGCUCUCAGACGCCCGUCGCAAGCCAUAGCUUUAUCCGCUGCCCAUGCCGUUAUGGCCCAGAGAAAAUACUUUAUGACUUUAUUUCAAAGCCACAGCGACAGAUCUCUGCAUGACGACGAAAAUAAGAAACAAACAGACCGAGAAAUCCUCAGGAAUCGAAGAUUGGGAGACGAUGCGCUCACGAAAAUUCUAUCUGCUUUAUACGCCAAGCUUCUAGUAGUUUUGGGAAUGGCGUUCCCCAUAACAGAAAUAAUUUCGCCUAACGUUAGACCCUUCUUCUACCAAGGAUUCUACUUAUACUUAUAUCUAGGAAGUAUACUGUUUGUGGCUUACAUGUACGGUUCUUUAAUAAAAGAGAAAGCAGUUUCAUCAGCAGUAAAAUCAUACCAUAAAGAUGCAAAAACUGACAGUACGGUUCUGGAAAAAAAAAUUGACGAACAAAGUAACCACCACCCCAUCAGAUACGGCAGUUUUUAUCUCCGAUUAGGAGCAAUUGCUUUCGGGAUUGGGAGUAUGGUUUAUUCGGGUCUGGAGUUCGGCCGUUAUUUCGAACUCAAAAGCAACGAUCAUUGCCACUCCAACUUACUGAACGCCAUCACGCCUGCCACCAGGAUGUGCCUCACCCUACUACAGAUACAGUUCAUAUUUCUCAACAGCAAGGAUGUACAAAUUGGUAGACACCACAUCGUUUCAAGAUUCGGCCUAAUGCAUAUGAUCGCCACCAACUUGUGCGAAUGGCUUUACGUCCUUGUAGAAGAAACUAAACAUGAAAUCGUACACUUCGAAGAGCGACACAACAACACCAAACACGGAAAGUUUUGCUUCGAAGGGCAUGUAAUGGGAUCUCUGGUUCAGAACGCCAGUCCCUUUUUGUUCCCGUGCAAAAUCGAAUACAGUCUUAUAUGCGCCGUCAUCCUAUUCGAAAUGUGGAAGGAAAUUAAAGCAAACACGAAAGAGAGUAAGGACGCCAGUUCCCAGAGUGGUAUCAACAACGACGUCAGGUCGCCCGGCCACCAUGGCCACUUCAACUGGCAUCUUUUCGGCUCUGCAAUGCAAUCGCACCAUCAUUUCUCUGUCGACUGUUCGAAGGCGCACAAGGGUUUGUUUUCUGGGAUACUCGUAAUUGUCCUCACCAUUAUAUCCCUGAUCAUGUUCUUCGUGCUCACCAGCUACCCCGGCGCCAAAGAGGAAAAAAGUGUUUACCUAAACAACGCCGAAAUAGAAGUACAAGUCGUGGAACUAAUUCUCUACAUUAUUUCCAUCAUUACUGUUGUCAUGGCAAUGAUUAAAAUGAGGCCAAUGAAAUAUUGUCGUAAAACGCAUGAUGGACAUUCAAGUCUUGGACUGGAUAACACCCUCCUGGUCGUGGCCCAAACAGGGAUGUUCAUCUACUGCAUGUUUUCAAUAAUCGGAUGUUACUUCAACACGGCCCAUAAUUCGACCAUGGGUCUGGUGGUGGAAGCGUUUUCGUUUAUUCAGACAUGUUUACAGACAAUUUUCGUGUUAGACGGUUGGUGGAGAAGAUGCAGAAAUUUGGAGCAAGCACGUAAAAAACCAGGGAGGGAACUGGUAACAUUUUUGAUAAUCAGCAACAUGGCCAUGUGGAUUGUCAACGUCCUGGUGAAAAAUAGGGCGGAAUUCAGGCCGACCCACUUACAAUUUUAUGGCGAAUGGGCCUGGACGAUUAUCACCCACAUCUCUAUGCCUUUAGCCAUAUUUUACAGGUUUCAUUCCACCAUUUGCUUGUUCGAAAUAUGGAAGUCGGCCUUUAAACUUAAACCACCUUAUAAACACCCUCUGUUGCCUUUUAUUUAAUGUAGUAGACACUUAUUAUAGAUAUAUAUAUGUUAAGAAAUGUAGAUAAAUAUGACAUAAAUAUUGGUAAUUUUAUUUCAUUUUCCUAUUUAUGUAAUCGAAUUUUUGUGUUAUGUCAAAUUUUAGUUCUAUUU